CAACCCAACCCACACCACCCAACUUUCUUCCUUUCCUUUUGACCUUUCUUCCAUAUUUCCCUAUAAAAGCAACUCACUUCCCCCUUUCUUUCCAUUUUCCCUUUUUUCUUUCAUUUCAUUUCCUCUUUUGUUCUUCAUCUCUAACCAUGUCUCAGACCGUUGUCCUCAAAGUUGAUAUGUCAUGCCAAGGAUGUGUUGGUGCAGUGAAGAGAGUUCUUGGAAAAUUGGAUGGUGUGGAAUCAUAUGACAUUGAUUUGAACGAAAAGAAGGUGGUAGUGAAGGGAAAUGUCCAGCCAGACACAGUUUUGCAGACCGUGUCCAAAACAGGGAAGAAGACAACCUUCUGGGAAGGUGAAGCACCAGCAUCUGAAACUAGCACAGUAACUGCUGCCUAAAACACUUGGCUCUAUUCUGUGAGCUCGAAGUAGCUGUGUGAAUCAAAUACUAUUUGGUGGACUUGAAAUAACGAUGAUACUCGUCAUCGUGUUACAGCAGACUGCUGUAUAUUACUGUUUUUCUCAUCUGUGAUACUGUAUUAAUGUGGUUUUAACUUCCUUCGUCAUCGUUCCCACUCAUUUUCUUCUUUCUGUCAAUCAAUACAAACCGCAAAUAUUUCCAAAGUUAUCUGUCAGAGUGAAACUAUGAUUUUUUCUUUCUCA